UCCCUUACCCCUCUAACCGGUUGCCAUAGCAGCUGCCGCUUCUCCCUUCUCUGCUCGUUCUCCCCUUCCAUUUCAAUCCCAAGAAGCAGUUGCUUGGAUCGAUUUGCGGGCAAAGUUUCGAUCUUUCCAGUGGAGUAGACCGUUUCACGACCCGGGUCGGCGAGAAAAUUCUCCUGGCAUGUUUGGAUGGUGAGGAAGUUGUAGGAUGCCAGUCUCGACGCGGUCUCAGAUCACUGGACAAGAACAGGAUGAGUCGUGCCCGGAGCCAAGAACCAGGGCCAAGACCCGUCAAGAAAGGGCGCAGGUGAAUCUUCCUACGAGGAAUCCUCACCAUGGGUUGAAAGAGAAGAUGAGGGAGCUAACCCUCCUAUAUGAGCAGCAAAAGCAAGCUAGAAAUGGCAAUUUUGGCAACUAUUGCUCUUCCAGGCCCGAAGACCAGCCGCCUCGCUUCUCGGCCCACCCGAGCGUGGACCCUCUUGGCUCCAACAAGAAGGAAGAUAAGGCUCUUAAAGAAAACGGCACCGAUUUGAAUGCGAGAGGGCAAGUGAUGAGGGAGAACACAAUGACUCAUUCAACUGUCACAAGAACAUAUGUGUUGCCCCAGCCUCGGGUUCAACACAAAGCCGAUGACUCGAAGGAGAAUUUGGCGGCAGGUCCAGAGAAGAUCAUUGGGUUCUCAACCUGCCCUCCCCGAAAGAUGGGUGCAACGGUGGCGAGGAGGCUCUCCUUGGGAGGGGGAGGGCAUAAUAGGAACCUUCAAGAGACAGAGAAAUUAGAGGCUGGAAGGGAGAAAUCUCAGCCCGGUGGGAGCGGGAUUCUUGUGUUUGUGCGGCUCAGGCCAAUGGGCAAGAAGGAGAAGGAAGCGGGAUCAAGGUGCUGUGUCCGAAUUGUGAACCGAAGGGAUGUUUACUUGACGGAGUUUGCCAACGAGAACGACUAUCUGAGGCUGAAGAGGCUCAAGGGGCGGCAUUUCACCUUCGAUGCAUCAUUUCCUGAUUCCACAACGCAACAAGAAGUGUACUCCACGACAACAGCAGAUCUUGUAGAGGCUGUCUUGCAGGGGAAGAAUGGUUCUGUGUUCUGCUAUGGAGCUACAGGAGCAGGAAAAACAUACACAAUGCUCGGCACCAUGGAGAACCCGGGGGUCAUGGUUCUGGCGAUUAAGGAUCUCUUCACGAAGGUCAGACAAAGAAGCUGCGACGGGAAUCAUGUGGUUCACCUAUCGUACCUUGAGGUCUAUAACGAGACCGUGAGGGACUUGCUCUCCCCUGGGAGGCCGCUCAUUCUCAGAGAAGAUAGACAGGGGAUAGUUGCAGCUGGUCUUACACAAUACCGAGCUUACUCUACUGACGAAGUAAUGGCAUUGCUUCUGCAAGGGAACCAGAACCGAACCACCGAACCUACACGGGCUAAUGAAACCUCUUCUCGAUCCCAUGCCAUUUUGCAGGUCGUAGUUGAAUACCGAGUCAGAGAUUCUGCCAUGAAUGUUAUAAAUCGAGUUGGGAAGCUCUCACUGAUCGAUCUUGCGGGGUCAGAGAGAGCCCUUGCCACAGACCAGAGAACUCUCCGGUCGAUCGAAGGGGCUAACAUAAACCGAUCACUUCUCGCAUUGAGCAGCUGCAUCAAUGCUCUAGUCGAGGGCAAGAAGCACAUUCCUUACAGAAACUCAAAGCUCACGCAGUUGCUCAAGGAUUCCUUGGGAGGGUCCUGUAAUACUGUGAUGAUAGCAAAUAUAAGCCCGAGCAACCUCUCGUUCGGUGAGACUCAGAACACACUUCACUGGGCGGACCGGGCCAAAGAAAUCCGCACUAAGACAUGUGAAGCAAAUGAGGAAUUACUCGAAGUACCAGAAACUGAGACCGAUCAGGCAAAGCUUUUGUUGGAGCUGCAGAAAGAGAACCGAGAAUUACGAGCACAGCUUGCACGGCAGCAACAGAAGCUCCUCUCUCUUCAGGCUCAGUCCUUGGCUGCACAGUCAUCUCCAACCCCAUCCUCUGUGACCUCUCUGAUGACACCUCCAACAACGGGCAGGCCCAACGAGAAAAGAAGAGCCCGGCCAUCUUUCUUAUCGGGCGCCUGUUUUACACCGGAGCUGAAGAAGAAGGGAGCAGAGGAAGCAGUUGUUAAGGAACUGAAGCAGACUGUGAAGGCCUUGGAGGGAGAGAUCGAGAAGAUGAAGAGAGAUCACGUUUUGAAGCUGAAGCAGAAGGACGAUUACAUAAAGGAGCUAAUGAAGAAGAGUGAAAAACCGCAGAUGAGUGUUGGAACGGAAGGGGUUAAGAGGGUGAUUGCAAGGGCUAGCUUGCGGCCAAAGGAACCAAGCACGGGCGAAUUGAAAAGUCCAAGCCACCGGUUCUGUUCACCAGUUCCCACAGCUAAGAAGCGGAGCUUCUGGGACAUCACGACUGGGAACAGCCCUUCCAUUAGUGGGAGGAAGACGAGAAGCCAUGUUGUCUCGGAGCAUGCUGCUGCUCCUUCUAUGCUUCUCCAGCCGGGUUUUGCUCGUCGAAAAGCUUGAACUUCUAAACCAACUGGAGAUGAGAAGAAAAGGACUAGAAGAGUGGAACAGAUACUACAAUGGGAGAGUGCAUUUGUAUCUGUACUUGACUAAAGAUUUAUUGGGCAAUUUUAGCCUUCUCGUGUAAACAAAAUCACUUGUUUACUAUGUUAAUUGUUCUUCGAAACGAUGUAACUCAUAAUCAUAGUCCAUUCUUCUGCGCGAGUUUUCUUUCUCCGA